UUCGAACGCCAUCAUGGCCGCCGACGCCUCGGCGACUCUGACGUUCCUCACAGUAAACGACGUGUAUGAUGUAGUGCCGAAUGAGCAAGGACGUGGAGGAAUGGCGGAACUGGCAACGCUCCUUCAAGCAGAAAGGAGCAUCAUCCCGCCGACACACCACACAAUAACAACGAUCAACGGUGACUUCCUGUCAGCAUCACAAGCAGGCGAGCACUACAAAGGUGCACACAUGAUUGACAUUCUAAACCGCAUGGACAUCGAUUAUGCCGUCUACGGAAAUCACGAGUUUGACUUUGGUUCGGACGUUCUUGUCCAGCGCGUGGCCGAAUCCAACUUCCAGUGGUUUGGAUCGAACGUCCGCGACAAGGUGACUGGAAAUGUCCUCGGGAAUGGCUUGGAUACGGUCCUUUUCCCCGUCGGAUCAACGUCCCAAGGUGGCGUGAUUCAAGUGGGGAUGUUUGGGAUUUGCACCCCCGAGACACCACACCUAUCGUUUCCGGGGGACAAGGUGGAAUUCCUUGAGAUUGUCGACACCUCUAAGCGAUGUGUGGACGAAUUAAAGGCCCGCGGUGCCGACGUCAUCAUCGCGCUGACGCAUGUUAGCAUUGCCCACGACAAGCUGUUGGCGAAGCGGGUGCCUGGCAUUGACGUCAUUCUUGGCGGCCACGACCAUGACCCGUUUACGCUGUAUCAAGGUAAAACGUUUAUCCACAAGUCGGGCCAGAAUGCGUACUGGCUGGGGCGCGUCGACUUUGUCAUUCGAAAGCGCGGCGACAAGGUCACUGUGUCGCCCGGGUGGAAAAUGCUUGUAAACCAGCAUGUUACACCCGAGGCAGGGAUUGAAGCGCUGGUUCACAAGUACAUGGCACCGUUCUUGACGGCUGACCGACUGGAGGCGGGCGCGAGGCAACUGGCUGUGCUGAGUCAUCCACUGAUCACGAAAACGUCGGUAAUGCGAGGAGAAGAGAGCAACUUUGGCAACUUGGUGGCGGAUGCUAUUCGCCAAGAACUGGGCGCGCAGUUUGGUCUUCUCAACGGUGGUUUUGUUCGAGGCGACACAGGUAUAUUCUUGAGCACUUGAAUAUCGAUGGCAACUGACUACAGUGUUGCGACUCAGUCCACGAAGCAAAGACGCAGUUGACUGUGGGCAUGGUCCUCAAAGAAAUGCCGUUUCCCCGCCCUGCUGUGCUGCUUCGUAUCCAAGGAAGAGAUCUCAAGGAGGCGGUUGAACAACAUCUGCGGCACUAUCCGUUACUCGCAGGGUCGUUUCCUCACGUGUCGGGGAUGCGAGUGACUUACGAUCGAACUCGAGAAACCCCUGAGGUGUGUUCAUGUCGUAGCAUCAUGAAAUGCUUGCACAUGUGGUUAAGCAUGUUCGCCAUAGAUCACGUCGUUCCAAGACGCCUCAGGAAACGACAUCAACUUGGAUGAACUCGUCACUGUGGCGACGACCAAGUUCAUUGCGGGCGGCGGAGAUGGGUGUGUGGCGUGGAAGAAGGCAACUUUGAUAGCCACAGACGAUACUAUCGCCCAAGUGGCAAUUCGCUUCCUCGAGAAGUUGCGCUUGAUCUCGUAUCCCGAGAAGGAAGGCCGCGUCAAGAUUGUCGAAUAAGCGGCGAAUUGUCAAAACAUAGAGUUACAGAGGUUCCAUGGAGAUAUAAUGUUAUGGGGUCUUUUUUGAAAUAGCGCGCGAAAAC